ACCAGUGCACUGCUUGAUUCAGAUGCCAACAGUGUUUUCAUAGACCAGGUCUGGGCGGAGCAAAAUGGACUCCCCCUUGUAAAAUUAGAUAUGUCUAUUCCCGUCUAUAACAUUGAUGGUACACUAAACAUGGGUGGCUGCAUAAUGCACAAAUGUUCUUUUAUUGUCAAGUACCAAGGACACAGAGAACGAGUCACCGCCAAGGCUACCCAACUAGGGAAAAUUAAUUUAAUUUUAGGCUGGACCUGCUAUUUAAACACAAAUUUGAGAUUGACUGGCAGACAGGGGUUGUCACAUUGUCACAUUGCCCUCAGGAGUGUAAUGACUUGGGUAAGCUAA